GUAAUUUGCACAACUAAUCAUGGAUCUCCUAGACAAAGUAAUGGGUGAGAUGGGCUCUAAGCCAGGCUCAACUGCCAAAAAACCAGCCACAUCUGCGUCAUCCACACCACGUACAAAUGUUUGGGGCACUGCAAAAAAGCCAUCCAGCCAACAGCAGCCACCGAAGCCACUUUUCACUACUCCGGGCUCACAGCAAGGAUCUCUUGGAGGUCGGAUUCCAAAAAGAGAGCAUACCGAUCGCACAGGUCCCGAUCCAAAACGAAAGCCACUGGGAGGAUUGUCGGUGCCGGAUUCAUUCAAUAAUUUUGGUACGUUUCGGGUACAAAUGAAUGCUUGGAAUUUAGAUAUUUCUAAAAUGGACGAGAGAAUUAGCAGAAUAAUGUUUCGUGCCACAUUGGUUCACACGGAUGGACGUCGCUUUGAACUUUCUCUUGGCGUUUCGGCAUUCUCCGGAGACGUCAACCGUCAACAAAGACGUCAAGCUCAAUGCCUGCUCUUCCGGGCAUGGUUCAAACGAAAUCCUGAGCUGUUCAAAGGUAUGACUGAUCCGGCAAUCGCUGCAUACGACGCUGCGGAAACUAUCUAUGUGGGAUGUAGCUUCUUUGACGUCGAGUUGACCGAGCACGUAUGCCAUCUGACAGAAGCUGACUUUUCGCCACAAGAAUGGAAAAUCGUUUCUCUCAUCUCACGUCGGAGUGGGUCGACAUUUGAAAUUCGCAUCAAGACAAAUCCACCAAUCUACACGCGUGGACCAAACGCUUUGACAUUGGAGAACCGUUCUGAGCUAACACGUAUCAUUGAAGCUAUAACAGACCAAUGUCUUCACAAUGAGAAGUUUUUGCUCUAUUCGUCGGGAACUUUCCCCACGAAGGGGGGCGAUAUUGCCAGUCCCGACGAGGUUACUCUGAUUAAGUCAGGAUUCGUGAAGACUACAAAAAUUGUGGAUCGGGACGGUGUACCAGAUGCAAUUAUGACCGUUGACACAACAAAAUCGCCAUUCUACAAAGAUACGUCUCUCCUCAAAUUUUUCACUGCCAAAAUGGAUCAACUUACAAAUAGUGGUGGAGGACCCAGAGGCCACAAUGGUGGCAGAGAGCGUCGCGAUGGCGGCGGGAACAGUAGAAAAUACGAUGAUAGACGCUCACCGCGUGAUGGUGAAAUUGAUUAUGACGAGAGAACUGUCUCACAUUAUCAAAGACAGUUUCAAGACGAACGCAUUUCGGAUGGUAUGCUGAACACUCUCAAGCAGUCUCUCAAAGGAUUGGAUUGUCAGCCGAUUCAUCUUAAAGACUCGAAAGCCAAUCGUUCAAUCAUGAUAGACGAAAUUCACACCGGAACAGCAGAUAGUGUCACAUUUGAACAAAAACUUCCCGACGGAGAGAUGAAGCUCACUUCCAUCACAGAGUAUUAUUUACAACGGUACAACUAUCGUCUCAAAUUCCCACAUCUUCCGUUGGUGACUUCAAAACGGGCGAAAUGUUACGAUUUCUAUCCUAUGGAACUCAUGUCCAUUCUUCCUGGCCAGAGAAUCAAACAGUCACAUAUGACUGUUGAUAUUCAAUCUUAUAUGACUGGAAAAAUGAGCAGCCUGCCUGAUCAGCACAUCAAACAGUCGAAAUUGGUUUUGACGGAAUAUUUAAAACUUGGUGACCAGCCUGCAAAUCGCCAAAUGGAUGCUUUCCGUGUGUCGCUCAAAAGCAUCCAGCCAAUUGUCACGAAUGCCCAUUGGCUCUCCCCACCAGACAUGAAGUUCGCAAACAAUCAGCUGUACAGUCUAAAUCCAACCCGUGGUGUGCGUUUCCAGACUAAUGGCAAGUUUGUCAUGCCAGCCAGAGUAAAGUCGGUGACGAUUAUCAACUACGACAAGGAAUUUAAUAGAAACGUCGAUAUGUUUGCCGAAGGGCUUGCCAAGCAUUGCUCCGAACAAGGAAUGAAGUUUGAUAGCCGCCCGAACAGCUGGAAAAAAGUUAAUCUCGGCUCAUCAGACCGACGAGGUACAAAAGUGGAGAUAGAAGAAGCCAUUCGAAACGGCGUUACGAUUGUGUUUGGAAUUAUUGCCGAAAAACGACCAGAUAUGCAUGACAUUCUCAAAUACUUUGAGGAGAAGCUUGGACAGCAAACCAUUCAAAUUUCUUCUGAAACCGCGGACAAAUUCAUGCGUGACCAUGGUGGAAAACAAACCAUUGACAAUGUCAUCAGAAAAUUGAACCCCAAGUGUGGAGGAACUAACUUCCUAAUUGACGUGCCCGAGUCGGUUGGCCAUCGAGUCGUUUGCAACAAUUCUGCUGAAAUGAGAGCAAAACUGUACGCAAAGACGCAAUUUAUCGGAUUCGAGAUGUCGCAUACAGGCGCUAGGACCAGAUUCGACAUUCAGAAAGUUAUGUUUGACGGAGAUCCAACUGUCGUCGGAGUUGCGUACUCUCUCAAACACAGUGCUCAGCUUGGAGGGUUUUCAUAUUUCCAGGAAAGUCGUUUGCACAAGCUCACAAAUCUUCAAGAGAAGAUGCAAAUUUGCUUGAAUGCUUACGAGCAAUCGAGCUCGUAUCUUCCUGAGACAGUUGUUGUCUAUCGUGUCGGAAGUGGUGAAGGAGAUUAUCCGCAAAUUGUCAACGAGGUUAACGAGAUGAAGCUGGCUGCAAGAAAGAAGAAGCAUGGUUACAAUCCCAAGUUUCUCGUUAUUUGCACACAACGCAACUCUCACAUCCGAGUAUUCCCUGAACACAUUAAUGAACGUGGAAAGUCCAUGGAGCAAAAUGUAAAAUCCGGCACUUGCGUCGAUGUGCCAGGAGCCUCUCACGGAUACGAGGAGUUCAUUCUUUGUUGCCAAACACCUCUGAUUGGAACAGUAAAACCAACAAAGUAUACUAUCAUUGUCAACGAUUGUCGUUGGAGCAAGAAUGAGAUCAUGAAUGUCACCUACCACUUGGCGUUUGCCCACCAGGUCUCUUAUGCACCACCAGCUAUCCCCAACGUGAGCUAUGCUGCUCAAAAUCUUGCUAAACGUGGUCACAACAACUACAAAACACACACAAAGCUUGUGGACAUGAACGACUACUCUUAUCGAAUCAAGGAAAAACAUGAGGAAAUCAUUUCGUCAGAGGAAGUUGACGAUAUUCUGAUGCGCGAUUUCAUUGAGACAGUUUCCAACGAUCUAAAUGCAAUGACCAUCAACGGACGCAACUUUUGGGCAUAAUUGCCGUUUUUCCAUUAUCAUUUUGCAAUCUGUACUCUUUUGCCACCUCAUCCUGUUUUUUUUUUCAAAUCUCUAUCAACUGCUCACUUUGCCUUACAAUUCUUGAUAUCAAACUCUCAUCCCCUUAUACUUUAAGAAGUGUCAAUGUUGUUUUUUUACUAUUUAUUCAUUAUGUAUUCCUUAUUUCUAACACUAUGAACUUCAAUAUUAAUUUUUUUAACCAACCAAUAAAUUCAUGGUUUACCAGGG